AAAAUAAUUCUAAAGAAACAGAAUCCUGUAUAGAGGUCUCAUACAAUAAUAUAGAAAAUWGUUUAAAUGCGGUAUCUAAUGAAAACCAAAACAUUGUUGUAAUCAAUAAAGGAGAUAACCAAAAUAUUGAUCUCAGUAACGGUUUCAGGAGUUUAAUAUCUACUGAUCAAAAUUGCAUAUCUUCAGAUGAAUACACAGUUGAUAACCAUGRCAUUGGUGUUGGCAAUGGUUUAGAAAAUUUUACAUCUAUUGGUGAUAAAAACCAAAACUACAGUCUUCCAGAAGAAACAGUUAAUAAUCUAGCAGAUACCAUGCAAGAAAUUAAUAUUAAUGAUAUUGACUUUGGGAGUUUUGUGUCAGCUGUUCAAAACAAACAGAAAACUCACAUUUCUUCAGAAGUUGGAACACAGAUAUUGAGACAACUUCUUACUUUAAACGCCAGGAGUAAAGAACAAGGUGACUACCUUCAUACAAUCAUGAUGGUUGUAAACAACAUUCAGGAAAAACAAGAUAUUUUAUGCAAACAUACUUCAUCUAUUGUAGUAUCAUCAACUAUUAAUAAUGAUGAGUUUGAAAAUGUUUGUAUAAUAAUGCUUCCAAUAUCAAAUGAGUUAUUAUUAACAAAUUUUAAGGACACUUUGAUUAACAAUAAAGCAUUAUAUGAUAAAAUGGUGAAAAUGUUGGCCAUGAUUGGUGGUUCUAAUUUUAAAGAAUCAGUUAGACGAAUAUUAAGAAAGUUAAUAACCAAUGAUUAUGCUAAGUCU